AUGGCACUACAUUUGAUACCUAUCGCUCGCUUCUUGGAAUCCGUCAAAUUGCUCUUCGUCAUCGCCGAAUCGAGUAUGUCACCUCCAACUUUCAAAAGGUCGGCUAGCUCAACGGGCUUCAAAUUCCCCGGCCUUUGGGAUCCUAAUGCAGCAGCCUGCUCACUCAACAACACGCCACUCAUCGGCUCUCAAGCUUUGCAAGCCCAUGACACUUUGGGCCCUUGCUCGGAUCCAGCUUGUCACCAUGUGCAUUCUCUCUUCCCCCCAAUGCCCCUUGGGAUGAUUCAGCAGGUUGCUGUGCUUGUAGUGCGGGAUGUCCUACGUGAGCGCGAACAGAUUGUCUCUGUCAGCUCUAGCCAGUCGCUCUAUUACCACUCUGCCGCCCGGAUACACCGUAAUCCGCCGACUCAUUUCCCUUACUGCCCGCUGUGGAUGGAGUGGUUGAUGCGGUCUUUCGUGUAUGCAUCUUCAGUCUGGUGGUCCUAUAUUAUAUGGCGGUCACACAGGACAGUUUUGAAGGUUAUACCUUCUCGGGAUAACUAG